AAGUAAAUAAUGGCGGAGAUAGGAUUGUGAUGUUUAGGAAUAUUUAUCCGCGACAUCUUGUGAAGCUGUAAUAAAAUAAUAAAUGUCUAACAAUGUUACUCGAUGGAUGAGUGUUUUACUUUCCAAAUUAGACUAAUAUUGUGAAAUCUAGUCGGAGGUAGCGAGAAUGGAGCUUCGGGUUGGUAAUAAGUACCGACUAGGUCGUAAGAUUGGAAGUGGAUCAUUUGGAGACAUCUAUUUAGGCACUGACAUAUCGAAUGGGGAAGAGGUUGCAAUCAAGUUAGAAUGUGUCAAGACGAAGCAUCCACAGUUGCACAUAGAGAGCAAGAUUUAUCGCAUGAUGCAGGGAGGUGUGGGGAUCCCGACCAUCAAGUGGUGUGGUGCCGAGGGCGACUACAACGUCAUGGUCAUGGAGCUGCUCGGACCAAGCCUUGAGGAUCUCUUCAACUUCUGCUCACGCAAAUUCAGUCUCAAAACGGUUCUGCUUUUGGCAGACCAGUUGAUAAGUCGAAUCGAGUAUAUACAUUCUAAAAACUUUAUUCACCGUGAUGUGAAACCAGAUAACUUUCUGAUGGGCCUGGGCAAAAAAGGCAAUUUAGUGUAUAUUAUAGACUUUGGACUUGCCAAAAAAUACAGAGAUGCUCGGACGCAUCAACACAUACCGUACCGGGAAAACAAAAAUCUCACGGGAACAGCACGAUAUGCCAGUAUAAACACACAUUUAGGAAUAGAACAAAGUAGACGAGAUGACAUGGAAUCUCUAGGCUAUGUGUUCAUGUACUUCCUAAGAGGGAGCCUGCCUUGGCAGGGACUAAAGGCAGCAACAAAACGACAAAAAUACGAGAGAAUCAGCGAGAAAAAGAUGUCAACUCCCAUCGAAGAACUCUGUAAAGGAUUUCCUUCUGAGUUUGCCACAUAUUUGAAUUUCUGCCGAUCGCUCCGGUUUGAUGACAAACCUGACUACUCGUAUCUACGUCAACUAUUCCGCAACCUCUUCCAUCGACAGGGCUUCACAUACGAUUAUGUUUUCGAUUGGAACAUGUUAAAAUUUGGUGGUAGAGGAUCGGAAGAUAUGGAUAAGGACCGCAAACUUCACAGCUCAACACGGGGGAUGCAGGGGACCGCUGUCGCUGGGCGUGUGCGUAGCGACCAAAUUGGUGUGCAGGCCGUUCCACAGUCUGGAGACUUCAACUCCACAUCACCCCGACCGAUGUCUCGAGAGCGAGAACGUCGCACAAGCACUAGGUUACAUCGAGGCAUUCCAACGGGAGCAGAAUUACAGCGGGAGCAGUCCCGAAUUUCCACAGCUCAAUUGCAACAAACAAUGGUCCCACAGAUGAACUCUGGCGGGCUGCGGCGAGGAAGUGCCUCCAAGGAUGAUAUGCCCACGCGAUCUGGCUCUGGGCGACACAACCGAAAAUAGCAGUAGCAAGCUAAGUUGUGUCGAGAGGUUUAUGAAACCUUUUUAGAGCUGAUGAGGAUGUUUUGAUGCGUUGUGUGAAACACUGAAAACAGUUUUCAGUGAAAGAAAAAGGAAACAAAAAAAAAAGUAUUUUUGGAAAUUCAUUUCAGAAUUUUCAACAGAAUGAUCUCGAUGACCUGCCAAAUAUGCCAAAGAAGCAAAGAGUCAAAAUGUCAAAACUAUGGGCUUGAUGUCCACAGUGGGUCGUAGUAACCUUUUUGGUAGCUGUGGUGGUGGUGGUGGUAAACAUUUAACACCGUUUAUAGAACACAUGCAAGGCGAUUGAACACUUUUGCUGUGGCAGAUGGUUGAGAAUUCAUUCCUGAAUUUGCUUUAUUGGAGAUUGUUAUAAUUUGGUUUGUGAAACUUUGGAAAAGAAGACCUACAGACCUGUACAUGUAUGUUUUGAAGGUUUGCACAUUACUGGGUGGCAUGGUGGGUUUUCUUAACUGCGUGUCAGGGCACAGUGAAUGUAAUUGUCAACCGGUGUUGAAUCAUUCCAACUGCACAGUUAUAGUUUUCUUUUCCCACUUGUCACAGUUUGAAACUGAACUUUGUUCUAGUGCUACCCACUGGAGCCCACAAUAAUUAUUCCUCCAAGUAUUUACCAUGCUGGAGACUUGUUUGCAUUCAGCAUUUUUUAAAUUGUAGUGAUUAUUGAAAGCCCAGCUUCAGCAUUUUGCUAUGGUGAAUAUGAACAGCCAGGUUGAUUUGAAAUGAUGUGAAGAAAACUGUAGUUGUAUGAUAGGCUGAAACUUGCCAUAGAUAGGAUGGCGGGAUCAUAGAAAAGACAUUUUUAAUACAAGCUCAGAGAGCUAAAACACAUGAUAGUAUUCAGUUACACCAUAAACAACACAUAUAGUAAAAUACUGGCCCAGUACUUCAUGAUUACCUUACAAGUAGGACAGAUAUGUCACUAUUGUCUCACAAACUCCAAAUUUUGCACAAAUAUGUCGCAAAUGUUAAAUAUUAGACCUAUCACUGACUGACAAGAAAAUAAGAAGUGAACAGGUGCAUAGAACAGCACAAAUGCAUUAAAUAAAAAAUCCUCAAAUGACGCAUGACUACCAGAACAUAACACAAUAACACAUGCUUAGCAGUGAGAACUGUAUGGUAGACCAAAAAACACAAAAUGAGACAAAUUGCAUAACAAACCCAUUCAAGGAAAGUCCAUUUACACUCGGUAUGCAGGACAGAACCAGGUACAUGAUUAACUGAAACCCUAGUGGUAUAUGAGCACAUUAAACUACCUACAUUAACUGAAGAAAACAAAACAAAACUUUAUUACACUGGUUGCCAUUGAUCCAGUAUUGUAAGGAACAUGCAUGUUGAAAACAUAUAUUAUAAAAGAUUGACUGCUCACCACAGACACGGGAUAGCUGGAGUUGAUGCUGUCUUCAUAGAUAUUGGACACACAGCAGACAUCUUGUCUGUCCAGUAAUUACAAUGAAUGACAAUCUUUGUCCUCUUCAGGUCAUCUCGUCAUGUGAUUCUCAUUUUCAUUGGUUGGUUUGUCCUUGGAAAUGUGUUGUAUGAAGACAUGUAUGUAUAUUGUACAAUGUUAGUAAUUUAUGCAUUGUGUAUAAAAAAAAAAGGUUGGUGUGUGUAUAGGGACAAAUCUUUUUCUGUACAUGUCUUGUAAGUAUUUUUGAAUACUUGUGUUAGACUGCAGGAUUUUGAAAAAUUAUUUUGUGAUGAAAGUAAUUUUUGUUUUCAUUCCAAAAAAAGUGAUAACUCGUACAAAUUUUGUUUUGUAUGCAUAGUCAAUGCCUUUCUCAUUCAGUAUUUGUAUAGGCCCAGCUAUUUGUAUUAUGGUUUGAAAUUAUUUGCACAAAGGAACAUGGAUGCCCACAGAAGUAGUUUUGUGAAGGUGGUAGAAUUAUGCAGAGAUAAAAAAAAAAUCAAGGGAAUUUCAGCCAGAGAGCUUUUGUGGUGUCAUUAGAAAGGUAUACAUCCCUGGAAUACAUUUCUUUGUGAAUGUAGCAACUUAAAAGUAUACAACUACCUGAAAAUGGUACCUAUCCUUGUUCGUUGAUAAAAGCUACAAGCAGUCUAAAGUUGUCCAGAUUUUUUGUUCAAUGUCAUUUUUAUCUCUGUAUAUGUAAGGGAUUAGUGUUUACAGUAUUGGUCAAGUAGCCAAUAGGACGUGUUGCCUGUGGACAGACUUAUGUUAAAGGAAAACUGCAAUCUAAUUAAAAUUAGCUCCACUAUUACAUGUGGAUCUAAAAACAGCCAGUUG